CGCGCGAGCGCCGAGUCAGCGGCCUAGGCUUGGGCUGGCCUCGCGAUCCGGAACCUGCGGGAAUUUUCCCUAGUGGAGCUCUGGCCGCCGAGGCGUCCCUCUGGCGGGGUCCCCGAGACAGGCCAGGCUUUGGGAGCCUUCCUUUUGUUGGGGAUGUCCUGGGGGAACCCGCCUACUCGCAGAGGAGUCUGCAUCUCUGAAUGUCCUUCCCCUUUGGAGGGUAGCUUUAGGAGAAAUUGAGGUAUUUAGAGCAGUGCUAGCCCCAGCGCAAAGGUAGAGUGACUAAUAAGCCCCUUCAGGGCUGCUCCCGGGCGAGGUGUAGUCCUGUGGAGGAGGUAGAAGAAAUGUGAGCUUAGUUCCUUUCGUCCUUCGUAGCAGUGAAUGGCAGUCGGUGGUGUAUAUUGAAUAUAUGUACCUGAGUAGCAACAGCCUUGUUUGAAGACUGCUUUGGAACAGAAUCCGGAGAGCAAACCGAGGAUUGCCCGCCCCAGGCCUGGCAGAGGUUGGCGGUGCCAGGAUUGGCCCUCAUGCAGACCUCCCACCAACAGGCGUUUACGUUUUGUCGAGCAUUUCAGAAGCCCUAUCCAUUCCUUCCCAGUGACAUGGCUCCUUAUUAUGAAGCCUUAUGCAAAUCCCUGGACUGGCAGAUGGACAUGGACCUACUCCAUAAAAUGAAGAAGGCAAAUGAAGAUGAGUUGAAACGUUUGGAUGAGGAGCUGGAAGAUGCAGAGAAGAAUCUGGGAGAGAGUGAAAUUCGAGAUGCAAUGAUGGCAAAAGCCGAGUACCUCUGCAGGAUAGGUGACAAGGAGGGAGCUCUGACAGCCUUUCGCAAGACAUAUGAUAAAACUGUGGCCCUGGGUCACCGACUGGACAUCGUAUUCUAUCUCCUUAGGAUUGGCUUAUUUUACAUGGAUAAUGAUCUCAUCACACGAAACACAGAAAAAGCCAAAAGCUUAAUAGAAGAAGGAGGAGACUGGGACAGAAGAAACCGCCUAAAAGUUUAUCAGGGUCUUUAUUGUGUGGCUAUUCGUGAUUUCAAACAGGCAGCUGAACUCUUUCUUGACACUGUUUCAACAUUUACAUCCUAUGAACUCAUGGACUAUAAAACGUUUGUGACUUAUACUGUCUAUGUCAGCAUGAUAGCUUUAGAAAGACCAGAUCUCAGGGAAAAGGUUAUUAAAGGAGCAGAGAUUCUUGAAGUCUUGCACAGUCUUCCAGCAGUUCGGCAGUAUUUGUUUUCACUCUAUGAAUGUCGUUAUUCAGCUUUCUUCCAAUCGUUAGCGGUUGUAGAACAGGAAAUGAAAAAGGACUGGCUUUUUGCUCCUCAUUAUCGAUACUAUGUGAGAGAAAUGAGAAUUCAUGCAUACAGCCAGCUGCUGGAAUCAUAUAGAUCAUUAACCCUUGGCUAUAUGGCAGAAGCAUUUGGUGUUGGUGUGGAAUUCAUUGACCAGGAACUGUCCAGAUUUAUUGCUGCUGGCAGACUACACUGCAAAAUAGAUAAAGUGAAUGAAAUAGUGGAAACCAACAGACCUGAUAGCAAGAACUGGCAGUACCAAGAAACUAUCAAGAAAGGAGAUCUGCUUUUAAACAGAGUGCAGAAACUUUCCAGAGUAAUUAAUAUGUAAAACCAUAUAACAGAGGAUUUCCUUUAGAGAUAAUUACUUGCAAUUUUUAUCGUUUACUAUGUUCCCACUUCAGCUGAAUAAAAUAAAUACUACAUUACAGUUUCCUUC